AUCAUUUGAAACUUGAUGCAUUUAACAAGUAACAAUUAUUCAUUAUUAAAUUAAAUGAACAUCUACUGGGCAAACAUGAACUAGUAUAAAAUCUGCAAGUUUUUCUGAACUUUACAUUUCUUAGACCGCUUGUAGGUAAAUCUCAGAAAUACAAGGAUGAAGGUGGUUGCAGUUCUCUUGCUAGUUGCACUUUUUGUCAAUGCUGAUGCCGGCAAAUCAAGCGGUGGCUCGUCCGGCAGUGGCGAGUCAAACGGUGUCAAGAAACGUUCUUGCAAGAAAAUUCGAGCUUUAAUUGAGACACUUACAAGUAAUUUGGAAGAGAAACUGGCACAAAUCGAAGAACUUCAGGAUAGUUUGGGUUCAGUUGAAACACUUCAAAACGAUUUGGAACAGAAACUGGCUCAAAUCAAUGGACUUCAGGAUAGUUUGGAUUCAGCUCCAGCUACAAUCAGUGACCUUGAGAGUCAAUUGGCAGGGCAACAGGGUACACUCAAUGACCAAACCACCGACAUUGAUGCAUUAAAAGAGCAGUUAGUGAAUCCGUGUCGCGUCUGUGGUCAAUCCGGAAGUAAUUACUUUCCUGAAUCUAUUUGUACAAUGCAAGGAAGGUACAAUGCUGUAAGUCUCCAGGCAUUUAGCUGUGGCUGCAGUUAUAGGGCAAUCCCAAAUCUUUGGGCAUUCGAAUGUGACUCCUGUACUUCUAAAUAAACUGAGGAGUAGAUGUAACUUAUGGACAUUCGGCACAGAAGGGUAGCUAGAUCCCAAAAUUCACUGCAUGAAUCGAUAAAGCAAACUCCAAUGUGUAUUAUGUGCAAUGAAUUCUGGGAGAUGUCUCUAAACCUUCACUUGAUAACAAAAUUUAAUGUAGA